CAAGAAACUUGAGAUUGAAAGCAAAAGUUAAAAGUUCAUGGUUGAGAAGACGACAUUUCAGAGCCGCAUAAAGCUUUCACAAAAGUUACUUAAAGAUGAUUAUAAUUUCACUAGUAAAUCAAUAGGAGCUGUGUUUGUUUGACCAUCACACACAUAGUUUCCCUAAAUAAGAUGAACUUCUCACAUGGUGGCUGAAGUGAAAAGGCUAGGUGUCAGUUCAUCAUUAUGGAGGACAGACAGAAAGAUGCAUCUGAAAUGAUGCAAAAUUCUCAGAAAACACCAUCUCCUGAUCCCAGCUGUGUGUCUCUGAAGAGUGACAGAUCAAUGCAUCAUCCUCCUGACCUCAGUGAAGGAGCAGUGACCUCUGACCCCAGGAGGAGGAAGAAGAAAUCUUCAUCUCCUGAUCCCAGCUGUGUGUCUCUGAAGAGUGAAGGAUCAUUGCCUCUUCUUCCUGACCUCAGUGAUGGAGCAGUGACCUCUGACCCCAGCAGGAAGAAAAAGAGGAGAUCUUCAUCUCCUGAUCCCAGCUGUGCGUCUCUGAAGAGUAACAGAUCAUUGCCCCAUCCUCCUGACCUCAGUGAUGGAGCAGUGACCUCUAACCCCAGCAGUGUGAAUAGAGAUGAUCAGACCAGAGAUCCUCCACAACCAGUGAAUGAUGAACUACAGAGAGUCAAAGAGCAGCACAAAACCAGCAUGAAGAUCAAGUAUGAGAGAUUAUUUGAGGGACUGAAACUCCAGGAGAAUCAAACCCUCCUGAACAGGAUCUACACACAGCUCUACAUCAUAGAGGGAGAGAGUGAAGGAGUGAAUGAAGAACAUGAGGUUUUACAGAUGGAGAAAACAGCCAGAACAAAACACUCACAAGACACUCCAAUCUACUGCAAUGACAUCUUUAAAUCCUCACCUGAACCAGGAUGUGAGGAGAAAGACCAAAUCAAGACUGUUCUUACUAAAGGCAUCGCUGGAAUCGGAAAAACCGUCUCUGUGCAGAAGUUCAUUCUGGACUGGGCCGAGGGAAAAGACAAUCAGGAUGUAGAUUUCAUGUUUGUGCUUCCAUUUCGAGAGCUGAACUUGAUCCGAGAUCAUCAGUACAGUCUUCACAGACUUCUGCUGGACUUUCAUCCUGAACUUCAAGAUCUGGACUCAAAGAUUUAUGAGGAGUGUAAAGUUAUGUUCAUCUUCGAUGGUCUGGAUGAAAGCAGAAUCACACUGAUGUUUUCAGAUGAUCAGAAAGUUUGUGAUGUGACUGAGACUUCAUCAGUGGGUGUGUUGAUGUCAAACCUCAUGAAAGGAGAGCUGCUUCCCUCUGCUCUCAUCUGGAUCACCUCCAGACCAGCAGCAGCCAAUCAGAUCCCCUCCAAAUACAUCAACCUUCUGACAGAAAUUCAGGGAUUCAAUGAGCCUCAGAAGGAGGAAUAUUUCAGGAAGAGAAUCAGUGACCAGCAUCAAGCCAGCAGAAUCAUCUCACACAUCAGAAGAGCAAGAAGCCUCCACAUCAUGUGCCACAUCCCCGUCUUCUGCUGGAUCUCAUCCACUGUGCUUCAGAAGCUCCUGAAAGAAGAUCUGAGUGCAGAAAUGCCUCAAACUCUGACUGAAAUGUACAUCCACUUCCUGCUGAUUCAGAUCAACAUGAGGAAUCAGAAGUAUGAAGAGAGAGAUCCAGAGAAACUCCUGCAGUCCAACAGAGAAGUGAUUGUGAAACUUGCUGAAGUGGCUUUCAAACAGCUGAUGAAGGGCAAUGUGAUGUUCUAUGAGGAGGACCUGAUUGAGAGCGGCAUAGACGUUACUGAUGCCUCAGUGUAUUCUGGGAUUUGCACUGAGAUCUUCAAGGAGGAAUCUGUGAUUCAUCAGAGGAAAGUCUACAGCUUCAUCCAUCUGAGCAUUCAGGAGUUUCUCGCUGCUUUCUAUGUGUUUUACUGCUAUUUAACAAAGAACAUGGAGCCACUGAGUGAAUUCAGAUUUUGUGGUUUUGAUAAAUAUAAAUAUAAAUAUGAAUAUGAUAUGUCUGAUGAAGACUCUCUGUAUGAUCUACUAACAUCAGCAGUAGAUAAAGCCCUUAAGAGUGAGAAUGGACAUCUGGAUCUGUUUCUGCGGUUCCUGCUGGGCGUCUCACUGGAGUCCAAUCAGAGACUCUUACAGGAUCUACUGACACACACAGAGAACAGCUCAAAGAACAUCAGGAGAACCACACAGUACAUUAAUGAGAAGAUCAAAGAUCAAAAAACAAAUGAUUUUCAUAAUCUCUCCACUGAAAGAUCCAUCAAUCUGUUCCUCUGUCUGCUGGAAGUGAAAGAUCAGACUCUGUCCAGAGAGAUUCAGGAGUUUGUGAAAUCAGGCAAACACUCAGAGGAGAAACUCUCUGCUGCUCACUGCUCAACAAUCGCCUACAUGAUUCAGAUGUCAGAGGAGGUGCUGGAUGAGCUGGACCUCAAGAAAUACAACACAUCAUAUAAGGGGAGAAGAAGACUGAUACCAGCUCUGAUCAACUGCAGAAAAGCUCUGUGA